AUUUUUUUUCAACUAUUUUUGCGCACUUUUGUUUAUAUCGGUAUCUCCGGUAACAAUACAAACAACAUAUAACACGGCCAGACGACAAAUAUAUCAAUAUGUCAAUGCCAGUGAGAAAGUCAUAACUCGAGAGAAUAGCAAAGUCAAUUCAACAACUACAUUGGCAAAACAGAAAUAGUGCAAAGAAAAGUACAUCAAAAUUUGGAAAAGUUUCAGUAUAUGAACUUUGGAUUUUUUUUUCCAAUUUUUGUCAAUUUUUUUCACAAUUGUAAUUUUAUUAGUUCUUCAGAAUUUUUACUGUUCGAUACAUUUCAUGGUACAAUCACAAGGAUGAUAAUCUGUGAAAGUAUGGUUUUGGAUAGUUCAUUUCAACUCGAAUAAGCAUGAACGUAAAAAUCUUACAGAAUAAUCAAAUUGUGAUCGAGGACAAUAUCACAUCACAAACCCGGUUGAUUAAAACACAAUGCCUGACCGCCUAAUCACGGGACCGGGCCGGGUUCAGCCUGCUCGCCACCGCUUUCUUUUCUUAAAAAAACAAACAUGACAAAGUCUAUCUAUUAUUUAACCAACAUGUUUCUGAUAUAUUUAUAUAAACUUUUUUGCUUAAAUGGAUGAAAUCUAUUUCAGUUUGUGUCCGCAAAAAUUGUAAGAUAUAUAUUAAUAUCAUUUGUUAUUAAGUUCCUCCAAUGUCAAAUUCUUUAUUUCUUAAGUAUAUCUAAAUGAAUUGUUUAUCUAAUAUGUCUCUGAUAUAUCUAUGUAGAUGGAUAUCGUCAGCCAAAACUGAUGAAAGAAGAUAAAAGGUUGAAAAAUAGCUAUAAACGAUGGCCACCUUGAGGAAUGCCAUGUGCUUUUUACCUUUAAAGAAAUAAUAUAUUAAUUUUAUGCUUUUUUUGAUGAACUCCAGAAAAGGUCUAGUCCAUCAGAAAAAAUUUAAUUCAGCUGAUGGUUUUGAAGGAAUCUCCUGGUUCACUAUAGCCUUUAGUUUUAUGAGAGUUUUUUUUAUGGUCCUUUUAAUGGGUAUAAUAGAAUAAUCGGUAAUAAGUAAAAUAUUGUAGGUAGAUAUUUAAAUAUCUACUUAUAACAAAAACGACAAAAUGAAAAUAGUAUAUUGUCAAAAUCGUAAGUAUUGACAGCGUCAUAUUCUACAGUAACUUGAAGUAUUCUGAAGCAAUACCCUACAUGAAAAAGAUAUUUAAGGAUAAGUUUGCGGUUGGUCCCAAUAAACUGGCGCGUACUGUCUAAAACAUCAAACACAACGCACACAUCGUCACAUAAAUGCAUGUCGGUGCUCACGAGUGAAGAAGAACAAAUAGCGAACGAACUACAAUCACUAAAAGAUCAAAUAGAGAACUUGAAAGCCGCCGUAUUAGCAUUGAAAGGAGACACCGAAAAAAAAGAGGUGUCCAUAGCAAAACUUGCAAGGGAGAAAGAGAAGAUUACAUUAGAAUUGCUAAAACAAAGACGUUCAAAUAUAGAGCUGCUGGAACAAUUAGAAGAAGAAAGAAGUUUCUACUUCAAGGAAAAAUUAACUUAUUGUCAAGAGAUGAACGAAAUUAAAAAAAUGAAAAAAGCUCUUAGUGGAACAUCAGCAGCUGGUAAUGAAUUGAGCUCUGAACAUUAUAGAAAUGAACUAAUGAAAGUUAAGCGUACACUGAACCAAACACUAGAAGCAAAUUAUAAUUUAAGUAUAAAGUUUCUUAGAAUGAAAAAUACAAAAUCUUGCCUAAAGACACAACUGAAGACUAUGCAACUAGAGCACGAGAAAUUAGUCACCAGUUACAAAUCCAAAAUUCAAAACUUGUCUGAUGAUUUGAAUGAUCUUAUCAAUGACCGGCUAAGCAGCACAACUUCAGGCAGCAGCAAAAAAUAUCUUCAUUUGGUGAAACAAAAUAGUUGUUUGGUAUACGAAAAUCUUUGUCUUCAACUAGAAAUAGAUAAUCUUAAUCUGAAAUUUGAGAAGGUUAGGUUACAAAGGACCAAAAGUGAAAGCAAUAGCAGACUCAGAUACAUUGAACACGGAAGGAAAAAAAACGAAAAGUUCGUGGAUGAAUAUCCCAAAAAAGUUAGGAUUAGAGACGAAAAACCUGAGAAACUUGAAAAGGAUUUCAGACCCUUAACCAGCAAAGAAGUUUUAAAGAUAUACGAAAGAAACGAGGAUGUUGGAAUACCCAACAUUCAUAUUCUGGAUGAACUAGAAAUUAGAGCAAACUCCAGAUCCACUAUUCAAUCAAUUAGGAACAAUGCCCUAAUAAACAACAUUGUAAAUCAAUCCCAUUCGAAACUGGAUCUUUUCCAAGUAUCAACUACAAUAUUCCCAACAUCUUCCACUUCCGGUCGAAUGGUUAGGGUAUGUUCAUCUCCUGAACUUCACCAUUUGGUUGAUUGCAAAAGAAUUGAAAAUCCAUAAUUUUAUUAAUCUUUAAUGUAUUAAGUUCUAAUAAAAAUAUUUUUCAAGAUUAUGCUCUUAAAAAUAUUAUAAAAGAUAAGAUAAAAUUUAAAAAAAGGAAAAGAUGCAGGCUGUGGAUAUUAAGAAAUCAAGUUAUAGUUAUUUCCGUCACGAAUUAUGGACUGGUUAAAUACAGAAGUAAUUUCAAACAACCGCUGUAGUGUUCUUAAUUGGUAUCCGAUUUCAAAAUUUCCGCGAUACAAUUUUCAUUCGUUUUUAAAUAACGAUGGUCAACUAGAUUUGUUUUGAAACGAUACCCAGAUACCACACGGAGCGGAUGGAUAUCUUUUAUCGGGGUAAUGACAGAACUAAUUUCAAAGAUUCCAAGAAUGUUUUUGUUGAAUUAUUGAAUUGUAAGUUGUAGUUGAAGACUAUCUUUACGUAAUGUUAAAAUGAAUGUUUUAUUUAUGAAACAUUAUUUUUGAAAACACGUCACAAAAUACGAAGAAUCG